UAUAUGGUGUAUUUUCAUGUAGGGAGAUCUGAGCCUGGAUGGGGAAAGAAGCAUGCUGACCAGUUUGGUGGCCUGAAGAGGUUGAAUUAACAGAUGUAAAUAAAAGCAGCAAGUAACCAUAUCUGGAGGAUUUAAUUUCAAUAAUGAAUUCAUACAGAAAUUGGGAUCAACAACAGCACUCUCAAGAGGUUGACAUCACUGUAAAUGGUUCUGCUCACAGUCCUGUGAUUCCCAUUCCUGUAUCAUCGACACCAGCUUCUGCUUUUAUUUCAGAUCCUCCCUCAUCUGCCCCUGAAGUUUUUGCAAGCCCCAUUUGCCCUCCUGCUCCUUCAUCAACACCUGCUGUCACCACUUCCAUUUCUGAUCCUCCCUUGGCAACUCCUGAAGGUCACGUUCAACCUUCUCUUGUAUUUGAGGACAUUGUUGAGAGGAAAUUUGGGAGUGAAUCAGUUUACUGUGGUAAUAUGUGGCAAUCUGUACUGCAAACCUGCAGUGAACUGAAUCAGAUCCAAACAUCAAAGAUGCUGAGUAUUCUAGGAAAACUGAAUGAAGACACUGAAAUCCAUGCAAUCAUAAAGCCCCAAAUUGCAAGGGACAUUUUAGGGUGCAUGGUCAGAUUGCCUUGGGAGGUGAAUUUAAGUUUAUCUCCUCACAGCCUGGAACAUCUCCUGAAGAUCUCUCUAUGUCAGCUUAUCAGCAGCAAGAAUCAGCACAGACUUCCUGAGCAGUAAAAAGUUCAAGAUUUUCCAGCUAUGUUGACCAGUCCAUUUAUGAUCUUGGUCUGGAGCCCAUCUACUC